GAACACAGUCUCUUAUGUUUCCACGUGCUCAUAUCGAUGCGGAUAAUUUAUUUGAUAGAUAUAUAUAUUGACAAUGGCUACAUCAUUAGCGGCGCAACUUAAAAAAUUAAAAACUCCACAGACGAAUUUAUUGCUACAGGAUAAGAAACGUCCCAGUUUGCUAUUUGAUCCAAAAGAAGCAGCAAAUUUAGAUAGAGACACUGUAUUGAGUAUAGGUCAGAGUGGUCUGCAAGAAUUAGUGAAACUCUCUUUAUUCUUUGAAGACUUUAAAACAACAUUAUUUGCUCAGAGCUCUGUAAGUUUUGAACGCGCUGUUCAAGAUGCUAUUGUGAACAAAAAACUAGAUGCAGAGGUCACAAAGUUUCUAUUAUUACUUUGCCCUUAUUUUUUAUUGUACUCAUCACGUAAAGCUCUGGAAUGGUUGAUAUACAGAUAUCAUAUUCAUCAAUAUAACCGGGAUCAAUUUAUACUUAUGAUUUUACCAUAUCAUGAAACUCGUAUGUUUGUUAGAGCUUUGCAGUUGGUGGAUUUAUCAGAUGAAAGCAACAAAUGGCACUGGCUGGCGCCUUUACAGAAACGUGGUGUAUCAUUACCUUCUGGAACUCUUAUUAAUCGUUUAAGCACAGACAAUGGAUUUCUGAAAAUGUUAUGCAGUCAUGUGAUAUCUGCUGCAGAGGCCUAUUCCGAGCAGGCGUUUUGUUUGACCACCUUAUAUGCCUUUUACACCACUGUAAUAUUGGGAAUGAUUGAACAAGUAUCUGUUACAGAGGUUCAGCUGAAUCACCUGCUGCCGACUGUACUUUAUAGUUUGAAAAGUUUUGUUCCCGAUCUUGCUUCCAGCAGCUACAUGAUUAUUGCAAAACUGAUGAUAAAGGUGAAAUUUAACACCGAUACCACAGAAAAGUUGAUGCUGAAAAUUUUCAAGAAAACGAUCUUAAAAGAGGAGGCCACAAUUCUUCUGCUCCAUCUGUAUCAGUCUCCGGUUAAUCGAUUAACUGUUGUACCGCAAAGUUUAGUCUUUCAACUAUCAGAUUUAUCUUGGUUUCUGGAGACAGUCAUCAAGGUUCAUUCGUCCGGCGUUAACGCGUCACGAUUCAUCGUAUGUUUUCUUCAAGCAGCUUGCCAGAUCGUAGCCGAGAACUCCGAAGAUACCAUCAAUGUUCAGAGUAUGAUCAGCGACUUGCUAAUGGGCAUCACUCUAGAUAACGAUGCGGUGGAUGCAAUUUUACCAAGCAUACAGACGUAUGAAUUUCUUACAAAUGAGACUUCGAAGUCAGCAAAGGACUUUCUAGCGAGAGUCUAUCAAAAUUUUGAGCGUAGUUAUCCAGAAAGAUUCGACAAGUAUCUGAAGAAGUUGAUGAAGCAGGGCGACAAGGACUCUAAGCAAACAUUACACUUUCUUACUUCAUGGUCCUUUUGCACCAAGGAGGCGCAGGGUUUUGUUGAGAUCCUGAACAAAUUAACGCACAUCAGUGCCGAGCAACGAGUAGUCGCCCUCGAAAUCCUCGCCAAAAAUAAGGCGAACGUGCCUGAGAGCUUCCGCGAUAUGAUGACGAACACGCUUCAAGCUAGAUUCUAUGACAACGACGUGAACGUCAUAAAGACCUUACUGUCCUUUACUACGAAAAGAUUUACCAGCUUACUACCCACGGAUAUGCUGGUGGAUGAGUUAUUGGUCCUCUUAUCGACAUGCCAUACAUCAUCGAGGAAAAUAUUAGUUAAACCAGCACUGAAGAUACUUUUGGAGCUUUGCGAAGAGAGCGAUGACACCAGCAUCUUCAUUACGGCCUUACCGUAUCUAUUUCCCACCGCGGACGAGGAUGUGGAAAUUGCCAUGGAGGUUCUUUGCUCGAAUUUUGGCAAGAACAACACAUACAUGCAACAUGUAAUUGAAGACAUUCGCAAAUCUGAAUUAGUGAAUGCCGAGGCGAUCUCCUCCACUGCUUUUCACAAUAUCUUGAAUCACAAGUUACUACCACCUACGGAGAACAUAUUGAAUUCCAUGCAGCAACAAAUCUCGCACGGCGACGCGGCGUCCUUGUUUUUUAACAUGAUUUUAUUAGGAUCAGUCUGUAGAGUGCCUGUAGGCUCAAUGCCGGCCAAAACUGCGCGCGAGGUCAUUGAGAUGGCCACGAAGAUGAUUAAGAUGUACUCGCGCGUUAAAUUAUUACAUGAUUGUUACAAUAUUACUGGCAACAACAUUCAAAUGGCAUUGACGCUUACAUCCGAGGGUAUCUUGCCAUUACAGGUGGGUACUUAUGUUCUGGAAAUGGUUCACAGACGAUUAAAUAUUAAGUCUGAACCGAAACUUGAUUUUGAUAACAAUGCAGAAAGGAGCAAUUUGAUCUUGCGACUUCUGGAGAUGUUCAUCGAUGGUAUGAACAAUCGCCAUUGGCAAAGACACUAUUCUAGAUGUCUACAAAUCUUCUUCCAACUUCACUUCUCCACAGUGAAGGAUCUCAUCUGCUUCCUCGCGCAGCUCUAUGUGAAACCCAUUAAGGUGCAAACUUCCUAUCACUGUUUGCAAAUCUCUUCGCUGUUAUUGGACCAGUGCAAAUCUGUUCAAUGGGCAUUUCAAGAUCAGGACUUUGUAAUUAAUUUGUUGCUCUCGCUUGCAAGACGUAACAACAAUUGUAGAACAGUGGCAUUAGACAUUCUAAAGAAACUGACGCAGACUUUCAGCUUUACCACGGAACCGUUCUUUGUACUGCUUCAGGAACUAGCGGCGAAGAGUACUGAGAUUUCUCAAGAUCCUGAUCAACUUUCGUUGAGUCUCUACGUCCUUCUUUCGCCUGACCCCGAUGUGUCUCAUCAAGUGAAACAACGUAAAAAGUUGCAGCAGGCUCAAAAACUGCUAUUCAAUAUGGUGACUCAGCAGGAUGAAGCAUUAAAAAUUCCCAUGGACCGAAGGUCGCAGUUACUUGACAUUCUAGUGCACGUCAACAGUGCUGGAAUUCUUCAGCAACUAGCUCCGUUAGGUCUUCAGCUUCUACAGAAGUUAGCGGAAGAUCCUAAAAAUAAAUCAGCUGCUAGCGCUUUGCGAAAUAUCCUGCAACGUUUCAAUGGAACUACGGUCAGCGCUCUAAACGAUGAACAAGUGUGGGCAUUCUUUGAAGCAAGUAUUUUGGAGCACGAACUUCGAGCAGUCACGGAAUCCGGGGAACAAACAUCGCCAAGCAUUGUUUUAUUAAAACAGAUCGACGAAAUAUUCUUUGAGAACGCCGGUUUAGUAUCUCGUAAUCUUCAGGCGAAGAUUUUGUCGAAAAUGUUGGACGUGGUAACCGAUUGCGAGAUUAGCAGCGUAAUUUCUGCCGUUGGCAGAACGAUCCGUCGAAUUCGUAUCGAUGCGACAAUCAUAACGUCAGAAUUACAGACGAUGAAACUGAAGAGUCAGAAAGAGUCGACCGACCUGGAAACGACGGCGAGCGCAAAGAAGCGGAAAAAACGACAGAGUCAGAUUCAAUUGGCGAAUCCAGCGAUGGUGCACAGUCGGGCGUGGAAGCGUGGUGUAGCACUACUGGAAUUUGCACAACGUGCUGAUAACAUCAAGCGAGAGGAGUUACUCUACGACGUGCUGUUCGAUCUGCUAAACACCUGCUUGAGCUUAGAGGAGCAGAGUCCAGUCGAGUACACGAAUCAACUGAUUCUCUCGACGAUUCAUCGGCUGAUGACGAGAGGACUACCGGUGCGCGACGCCGAUCAACAAAUCGCACUUAUCACCAAGUGCAUCAGAACAUCGCGCAACCCACAAACGCAUCAUCACGCGUUAUUCGUGUUGAUAGAAUUGCUGAAGAACGUGGAUGUACGUCGCGCUCUUCUUAACAUCAUGCCAAUCUUUACGUUCAUGGGCAGUACGGUGCUUCGUCAGGAUGAUGCCUACUCCAUUCAGAUAAUUUCCAAAACUCUGGAGACGGUGGUACCGAUUGUGAAUGCUGCUAACAAUGAGAUACACGCCUGCGAAUUGUUAAGAACCUUCAUUGUUGCGCUGCCUCACAUUCCCGAGCAUAGACGGACGCCAGUCUUCGUCAAACUACUGCAGCUUCUCGAGAAUCAUUUACACUUGUACUAUCUGCUUAGUUUCGAAAAUUAUGUGAUGAAGAUUGCGAAUCAGAGGACUGAACAGUCCGCGCAGCAGUUAGAUUUUGCUCUUCAGAUAUCCCAAGAGUUUUCACCGCAGCAGUUGCUUCAGAUUUGCGUGAAAGUGGCCGAGUUUAUCAAGGUUCUGCCGAUUGACAUCGAGGAUGAACAAGGAAGAAAGGCAGCGAUGAAAUUCCCAUAUAAACAUAUUUAUGAUGUAACCAAGUCGAUGCCGAAAAGUCUUCGACAUUACAAGAUAACAGCCGUGCAAUUUCUCAGCAACCUUCUAUCAUCUCAGAAUUUCAUCAAUCGCGUGGCUGUGUUGAGUGAAGACGAGGCAAACGAGAUUAACGAAUAUUACGAUCGUCUGGCGAUCGAGCUAAUCUUGUUGAUUCAAACUGUUUCAAAGAUCGCCGAUCAGAAUCAGAAUAAACCGAGCGCUAAAUACUGGAAAGUGUUGCUACAUCAUUUAUACGAUGUGCUCGAUCUAGUGAAUAACUUGCUGACGAAUACCUUGUUUUUGAAGAGUAUCAACAACUUGUUGAAACACGAGUUGUUGUCUGUUAAUAAGAAGGCACUAGAGCUGCUGAACGCGAGAUUGCUUCAAAAGAAGUUUAACGAUGAAGAUCACGCUGACCUUCUGAGCUUAAUCAAAUCUUUAAUAAACUUCCUGGAUACUGAAAUGAAGAUUGAGAGCCAAGAACAGGAGAUUGUUCAACAGACGGCAUUGAUUUCCUUGAAGUUACUAGCGAAGCUGCUGGCUGUUGAUCAUCCAGCCAUUUUUAAACCGAUCCUGGACAUGACUACGGAAUUGCUGCGAUCAAAAGACGGUCCAGUGUUAGCCAGUGCGGCUUUGUGCGUGGCAGAAUUAUGCAGCUCCAUGAGAACGCACGCUCUAUAUUCGCUAAAUAAAUUUGUUCCAGCGAUUUUGAAGUUAUUGGAAACUCAUUGCCAUCAGAACGUGCCGGACGUGAUGGUCAUCAGCAUCGUAAGUGCCUUGCAGAAAAUAGUGGAGUCGCUAGGAAAUUUUCUGUCGCUCUAUUUGGACCAACUCUUGUCUGAAUUGACCAGGCUGAGUUCUUUGUACACCGACACGGAACAUCCUAAGAUCGAUAUUAUAGUUUCACGGCUGAAAAUGACGACACAAAAGUUAUCCAAUUGCAUACCUCUGCGAGUUUUACUUCCGGCUGUCAAUAGGACUUACCAGACCCUGUUGACUAGAAAAUCUUAUCAGUGUAUACCAUCGUUGAUGAACGUACUGGCUGAGUCCUUUGAAAGCGUACAACCGGCGGAUUUGAAAAUAGAAGUUGACAAUCUCGCCAACUUUUUCCUCGAAGUUCUUCAAUUCCGGGAACAUAUCGAAAGCACCGAUGACAGUAUGAAGAUGGACGAAGACAUCAAAGUUUCCUCAAAAGAUAUUGUUGCAGUGGAAGAAAGCACCAGUAAAACAGUGGUUGCGUUGGUUUUGAAGUUGAGCGAAGCAACUUUCAAGCCGUUGUACAAUAGAUUCUAUGGAUGGACAACGAAUAAUACGCAACACAAGCAGCGAAAUAUAACUUUCUACAGACUAUCGGCGAAUAUAGCGGAAUGCUUGAAAUCUUUGUUCGUCCUCUUCGCCGGACUCUUCCUGAAGCACGCAGCAUCCUUAUUGAGCAGCAACAAUAUGUUCGUCACGGACAAUCCACAGGAAUUAACACUUCCCGACGAGUCGAGGAGAAUCGAGUUGGUGGAGGCGAUUUUGCUGACGCUUCAUCGAGUCUUUGAUUACGACGCGCAUAAUUUUGUCAGUCAGGAUCGAUUCGAGAUUCUCAUGCAGCCGUUAGUGGACCAAAUGGAGAAUACGAUGGGCACAAGGGAAGAAUACGAGAGUCGAGCCAAUCGGCUCAUCGUACCAUGCAUAGCCUCCUUCGCCAGUGCCAUUCCUGAUGAUUCGUUGCACAAGCAACUGAUUUAUCAAACAUUACUAAAGACCAGACAUACAAAACCUUAUGUUAGAAGCACUGCGUUAAAUGCAUUGGUGGAAAUUGCAAGAAAACUUGGGGAAGAUUUUAUGCCACUAUUGCCAGAAUCUGUGCCGUUCUUAGCAGAAUUGUUGGAAGACGAAGAUGAAGUUACAGAAAAGUGUGCGCAAAAUGCUGUUCGCACUUUGGAAGAUAUUUUAGGCGAACCUUUACAGAAAUAUUUUUAAAUUUAAUAUUUGUGUUUAAAUACGAAGGAAAAUGUGUGUAAAUAUAUAGUUAGUAAAUAUUUAGUAACAAAAAUUAUUCUUGUAAAUUUUUAAAGUUUUUUUAAAGAAAUCAAUUUUAUA